AUGGGUGUUGCUGGUGACGCGGCGGCGGCGGGCCGGAAGCGCGGCACCGGCACGCGGUGCGAGCUCUGCGGGGGCGCGGCGGCCGUGCACUGCGCCGCGGACUCGGCGUUCCUCUGCCUGCGCUGCGACUCCAAGGUGCACGGCGCCAACUUCCUGGCGUCCAGGCACCUGAGGCGCCGCCUGCCGCACUCCCCGGCCGCCGCCGACUCCGGGGGGGCGUCGUCGGCGUCCAGCAGCUCCUGCGUCUCCACGGCCGAUUCCGCGGAGUCAACCGCCGCUGCGCCGGCGCCGGCGACGUCGACGCCGUCGGCGGGGCGGGCUCCGGCGCGGCGGCGGCCGCGCGCGGAGGCGGUGCUGGAGGGGUGGGCCAAGCUGAUGGGGUUCGUGGCGGGACCCGCGCGCCGUCGCGCCGCGGCGGCGGCCGCCGCGCUCCGCGCGCUGGGCCGGGGCGUGGCCGCCGCCCGCGUCCCGCUCCGCGUCGCGAUGGCUGCCGCGCUCUGGUCCGAGGUCGCCCCCGCCGCGUGCCGCGGCAAUGGAGGCGACGCCGCGCUGCUCGGCCGCCUGGAGGCCGCCGCGCACGUGCCGGCCAGGCUGGUGCUCACCGUCGCGUCGUGGAUGGCGCGCGCGGAGAGCCGCCCGGCCGCCGGCCCCGCCGCGGACGCCCAGGACCAGGAGGAGGGAUGGGCCGAGUGCUCCUGA